ACACCGAUAGCGAUACCCAAUACCGAUAACUGAAUCCUUGCUUCUCUCCAUCAUGCAAGUCUCGCUCUCACAGAGCUCCAUGACCCAUGACCGAAGACCUUCCAUCGCUACUCUCUGGACUCUUUGCUUGAAAAUCCCUUUCCUCUUUCAACGCUCUAUCGAGGCAUUUUCCUAGCAGACAGUUAUUUACUAGAUUAAUCUUGGGAGGAAAGUAAAAUAUCUCACUCUUACGAAUCGCCUCGUCUGAACAGUUUAUUUGAAGUGUUGCUGGUGAAUGUGUACACACAGCUUUCAUUCUCGAGAGAUGGGGAGAAGAUUUAGCUAGGGUUUUACUGUGGAUGGAUCCGGAGAUUGGUGGUCGGAGUCGGGAUUCUCAGUGAGCGAGCACAUUCUCAGGCAUGUUGCAUCUUCACGAGGAGGAAGAAGAGAUUUUUGGGGUACUUUCUCUGAUUUUCAGGGAGAGCAUUUCGGAUUUGCAGCCGCUGAACAGAGACGAAGAGAGAGGAGGAGGGGAAGAGCGAAGAGGAGGAAGAAAGAAUAGGGAGAAGAGAGGGAAAGCGGGUGAUCUUGUAAUGUUGUCAUACUUGAUAUGUUGAGGUUACCUAGGUUUAUCACCGGCGGGUGAUGAAAUUACUACUGUAUAUUACACUCCUUUUUCUUCUGUUCUCCGUCUCUACGUUGGGAACACUUGGACGAAACGCUUCUCUCCCCAGGCGGUGACUGUUCCUACACAUUUGCCGUCCGGCCAUCCAGGUUCUUAAGGAUCCGUUCCAUUGGCCAUUCUUCCAUGAAAAUGUCUUCGUUGUCAAAUGUACAACCUGCUGAAGGUGGAAGAUCCAGUCACCAGAAAGCUCUCUUGUCUCCAGCAAUCUUGACUGAAGUUGGUGAGGGACAUUUGGAGCUUGAGGAAAAUGAGGACGAAGAUGUAGACUUCAAUCCAUUUUUGAAAGGAAACCCUUCAUCUGAAGCCUCUUCCAGUUUGAGUUCUGAAAAUGAAGGUUUAGGUGCUGAUGUAGUGGACAAUGUGACAAGUUCUUCUGCUCCCUAUACCACUAAUUUAUCCUCAAAUCUGACAGAUAAGGUGCAUGAUUUUGCCAGUAGAGAUUCCGAAAAUGAUGAGGAAGUUGUUAUGCAAACUAGAUUAUCUCCUGAAGGAUCCUGUGGGGAGGAAUCAGAAGCUGGCGUUCAACAAAAACCAAAGAAGAGGAAAUUGGCUGUGACUUUUCAACGAGAAACAGAAGCUGUUCCAGGAAAGGAGAAUACCUCAAUCUUUGGAACUGAUGCUGUUGGUGAUUUUAUGAGAGGGGAGUUUCCAGAUCCAAGAAAUCCCAGGACAUCUGUUGUGGAUGUAGAAGAGGAAGAUGCUAUUUGUAGGCGCACUAGGGCCCGCUACUCACUUGCCAAUUUUACGCUUGAUGAGUUGGAGACUUUUCUUCAGGAAUCAGAUGAUGACGCUGAUCCUCGGUAUGCUGAUGAUGAGGAAGAAUAUAGGAAAUUUCUUGCUGCUGUAUUACAGGGAGGGGAUAGUGAAAGUCAGGCAAUACAGGAGAAAGAAAUUGUUGAUGAUGAAGAUGAAGAUGAAGAUGAAGAAAAUGAUGCGGACUUUGAGAUAGAAAUUGAAGAGGCAUUAGAGAGUGACCUUGAUGAAAGCCAACCAGGUAAAGGCCAAAAGAGUAAGCAUGAGGGAGUUGGUCGUCGACCUGAGACCAGGCAAAAUAGACGCCAAAAAUCUUCAGUUCAUGGGAAAAGGAAUCUCUUGGGACUGGCCAAGAGGCCAUUACGUCCUCUAUUGCCAUUCGUGCCGAACACACAGCUAUCACCUUUUCCAGCUCUUGAUUUGCCAAGGGAAACAUCUGAGACCAGUCCACAUUUCUCUUCUUCCUCUGCCCAAUCUGGUUUAAUCAAUGGGUUUACACGACAUCAGAUAGGGCAGUUGUAUUGCUUAAUACAUGAACACAUGCAACUUCUUAUUCAGGUGUUUUCUCUGUGUGUGCUUGAACCUUCUCGGCAACACAUUACCAGAGAAGUCCAGGAAAUGAUUUCUGAGAUGGUUCAUAAACAUGAUGAAGUAUUAGCUUGGAGAAAUGUUCCGUAUCCUGGUUUUUGUUUUCAUCCUUCAUGCAUUCAUUCAUCGGUCUCAGAAGAAUUUCCCCAAUUUUAUCAGGGAGGGAACACUGUUGAUUCAUCUUUUGCAUCCAAUGCACGAAAUGAUUUACCUUCAACAAAUAAUAUGAUGCCAGCUUCUCAUAGCAGUUCCCAAUCUGUUGGAAGGAUUCAGGAACAUGCUCAAGUUAGCCAGGUGGAUACCCUUAAAACUGCUGAAUCUCCUCUCUGGGUGCCUCUGAUUAGAGGCCCUGUACUGUCUGUUCUUGAUGUUGCUCCACUAAGGUUAGUUGGCGGAUAUGUGGUUGAAGUUGCUACUGCUGUUAAAAAAUAUCAACAACGUCAUGUUGAAGGUGUGUCUGCUAGUCCCUUUGAAAAAGAACCUCUUUUCCCACUUCCUAGUUUUCCCCCAGUGGCUGAAUCCAACAGUGAGGUUCUUAGAGGACCCACUCCUCAGGGUCCCAAUACUUCUUCUCCUCCCGGUCCUCAGCAGCCCAAGAAGACAUUGGCUGCGACAAUUGUUGAAAGUACCAAGAAGCAAUCUGUUGCUCUUGUCCAAAGGGAUAUUGUUAAAUUAGUGCAAAGAUUUUUUCCGCUGUUCAAUUCAGCAUUAUUUCCACAUAAGCCACCCCCAGUAGCUGUUGCAAAUCGAGUGCUUUUCACUGAUGCAGAGGAUGAAUUACUUGCUUUGGGAUUGAUGGAAUAUAAUACUGACUGGAAGGCAAUUCAGCAACGCUUUCUUCCUUGCAAAUCUAAGCAUCAGAUUUUUGUUAGGCAGAAGAAUCGCUGUUCUUCUAAAGCACCUGAAAACCCAAUAAAGGCAGUUCGACGUAUGAAGACCUCUCCUUUGACUGCUGAAGAGAAGGCACGCAUUAAUGAGGGACUUCGGGUCUUCAAGCUUGACUGGAUGUCCAUCUGGAAAUUUAUUGUUCCAUAUAGAGAUCCAUCGUUACUGCCCCGGCAAUGGCGUGUUGCUCUUGGAACACAGAAGUCAUAUAAAAGUGACGCAGCUAAAAAAGAGAAAAGGAGAGUAUAUGAAUCCAUGAGAAGAAAGUCUAAAACUGCAGGAAUUUCCUGUUGGCAAACUGCGUCAGAGAAGGAGGAUUAUCCGGUUGAUAAUGCUUAUGGAGGGAAUAACAGUGGAGAUGAUAAUUUGGAUGAUGAAGAUGAAGCUUAUGUACACGAGGCUUUCUUAGCUGAUUGGAGACCUGGAAACUCCAGGCUCAUAUAUUCUGAACUUCCACAAUCAAGCUUUAGCAAAGGAGCCAAAUCUGGGGAUUUAUCACCACAAGAGGGUGCUUGUGUUGGUGGAAAACUUGCUGGUGUUGGUGAUGGGUAUGGGGAAACUCAAUCCAACCAAGCUCAUUUGCAUGAAUUUCUGCCUGCUUCAAUUUACUCUCAACAUCUACAGAAUGCAUCACCUUUUACUAGUGCCAGAUAUGAUACCUCAAACAUUAUGGCCUCCAAUCAUCUGGCGUCCGAUCUGGUCUCCAAAUCAGCAAAAAAGCAAGUCCAUUUGCGGCCAUGCCGAGUUCGUAGAAGUAAUUCUCUCCAGUUGGUCAAGUUGGCUCCUGACUUGCCUCCUGUUAAUCUUCCUCCAUCUGUUCGUGUGAUCUCCCAAUCUGCUUUCAAAAGUUACUGCUCUGGAUCAUCUUAUUCUACCAAGACUUGUACUGCUGGAGGCGGUGGUGAGAUUGGAAAUGCUGCUGGAACAGAAGAUCAAGUUCCAAGACUUAAUAUAGCAAGAUCGGCUACCACCCAUUCAGUAAAUGCUGGAAAGAACAGAACUUUUUCCAUCAAUCACAAUACUUCAAAUCCUUCAAAAGUCUCUGGCCUACCUGUAGAUCAACAUGUUGCAGGGGAAAAACGUGCAGAGCUGGAUCUUCAGAUGCAUCCAUUGCUGUUUCAGGCUCCUGAAGAUGGCUGUUUUCCAUAUUACCCUUUGAACUGUGGUACCACCUCUGGCAAUUUGAGUUUGUUACCUGGGAAUCAGCUUCAAGCAAAUUUCGAUCUCUUCUGUAAGCCUCAAUCUGUGGGUCAAACCCCCCCGACCCCUGGUUCUAUUGAAUUUCACCCACUCCUGCAAAAAACAGAUGAUGUUAGCGGUGAUUCUGUUCCUGCAUUAUCUGCCUGUCGCCGAUCUGUUGAUCUGGAAUCACUUCAUGGCCAUUGUGCCCAAGCUCAACAGCCAGAAACUUCUGUUCUGAGUGAGCCUCAGGUCAGGAGUAGUCUAUCUGCUUCUGCUACCAUACCUGCUAGCCCUUCUGAUAGGAAUAGUGAAUUGGAUUUAGAAAUUCACCUAAGUUCUACAUCAAGGAAGGAGAAAGUUAUGACAGACAGAGCUAUUACAGAACCUAAUUCUAAUGAUCUAGAAAUCAGUGGAGCAGAUUGUGGAACUACAAUGAGAAAUCGAAGUGCUAAUGGGCCUUCUUAUCAAGGUAGUAGCCCACAUUACCAUGCUGUUUCUGUUGCUUCCAAAUACAGCAGCAAAGGAGGUCCUCAAGGUGCUUGUCCCUUGGUUCCGGCAAGCAGUAGCCUAAGUGGGUAUGCUGAAGAUAUCACAGAGCAGCAGUCGCCUCAGGAGAUAGUGAUGGAGCAGGAAGAAUUAAGCGACUCUGAUGAAGAACUCGGAGAAAAUGUAGAGUUUGAAUGUGAAGAGAUGGCCGACUCCGAUGGAGAAGGAUCAGACUUUGAACAGUUUGUCAACUUACAAAAUAAGGAGGCAUCCUCUGCUGUGGUGGAGGAAGAUGUGUCCAAUGCUGAUCACGAAAGCGAGCAAGGUCUGCAGACAGAUGCCCAUGACACCGAGGGUGAUACUCGUUCCUGUAAAUCAGGAUUGUCAAACAAAGUGGGAGAUGCCUCCUCUGAGGGGGCUGCAUUGCUUGUAAGUCUAGAUUCGCAGGCCCUAGGUCAAUCCACUUGUUCAAAGCCGAAAUUCAAAGGUGGUGGAAAAGGGGAUGAUCAAAUUGGCAGAAGUUAUUCUCAGAAUGGGCUCCCGCCUCGUCCCAGUAGAUCUUGCAAGAGAAUGACACCAAACUCAAGUAUGGAACUGCACCAUCUGGACAUACCAAAUCCUCAACAUGUAGGCAAUGCUGAAGGUGCUGUUGUUUUUACCCCUGGGACGAAGCCUAGAAAGCGUGUGCCCAGAAGUAAUUAUACUAAGGGUGACUCUAAUUGCAAAAGUAGUGAUAACACAGUUGAUCGCCGGACUGAGGGUAGUUGUCCAAAGGUAGAAGAUGAUGUAAGGAAUGCCACCCCUAUGUGCUCCAAUGCUUUGCAAACUGGAGGUGAUGCUAGGGCUCAAGGCCUCAAGGAGGUACAGGAAUCCAAGCCUCAAUUGUAAUUUCUUCUUUGGUCCCCAUCUUACUUUUCUUUUUCUUUAGAUGUAAAUAUGGGAUCUCAUUAAAAUGGGGAGAUAGAGUUAAAUGAUUCAAAGUCCCAGCUUUGAUUUUGCA